AUGGCCUGGACGCCUGUCUUCCUCACGCUCCUCUCCUAUUGUACAGGCUCCCUGUCCCAGCCCGUGCGGACCCAGCCGCCCUCCUUCUCGGCACCUCCGGGAACGACAGACAGACUCACCUGCACCCUGAGCAGGGACAUCAGUGUUGGCGACUUGAACAUCUACUGGAUCCAGCAGCAGCCAGGGAGCCCUCCCCGGGAUCGGCUGUACUACUCCUUAGACUCCGAUAAGCACCAGGGCUCCGGGGUCCCCAGCCGCUUCUCGGGCUUCAAAGAUGCCUCGGCCGAUGCAGAGCUUCUGCGCAUCUCGGGGCUGCAGGCUGAGAACGAGGUGGACUAUCCCUGGGCUGCAGCUCAGGGUGCUGGGAGCAGGUAUCGCUCCUCACAGCGUCUCAGAUAUGGAGGAAGCGCCUGGGCCCAGUCUGUGCUGACUCAGCCGCCCUCCGUGUCUGGGGCUCUGGGCCAGAGGGUCACCAUCUCCUGCACUGGAAGCAGCUCCAACAUCGGGGGUGGUAAUUAUGUGAGCUGGUACCAACAGCUCCCAGGAAAGGCCCCCAGAACCGUCAUCUAUGAUAAUAGCAAGCGACCCUCAGGGGUCCCGGAUCGAUUCUCUGGCUCCAAGUCUGGCAGCUCAGGCACCUUGACCAUCAGUGGGCUCCAGGCUGAGGACGAGGCUGAGUAUUACUGCCAGUCCUAUGACAGCAGUCUCAGUGCUCACACAGUGCUCCCGGCCUGUGGGGAACGCUCCAUUCACCGGCCUGAGGAGCGUGUGCAUUGCUGUGGGGAUGUCAGCUCCACCAUUGGGAAAUAUGCAGAUCGCUUCAGGAGACGCUAA